AAAAGCAUUGGUGAGACUGGAGGAACGAUUCAAAGACAAUAAAGAGAAGGUGCAAAAAUGGAGGUUGGCUUUGUCCCUAGCGGCUGAAUUGAAAGGCUGUCAUCUCAAACCCAAAUAUGGGUAAAGAGAUUGUUCGUCAUGAAUCACAAGAUGAACCUGGUGAACGUAGCAGGUUAUGGUUCCAUCGAGACAUUCUUCAAGUCUUACAACAUGACACAGAAACUAAUAAAGUUGAGGCUAUAGUUCUUGACUUACCUCAAGGUAAAGAAGUGCAAUGGAGUGGCAAUGCUUUCAUGAAGAUGAAGAAACUCAAAAUGCUUGUGAUCAAGAAUGCACGCUUUUCUAAAGGCCCCACAUAUCUCCCAAAUAGUUUAAGGUGGUUGGAGUGGAAGUAGUAUCCCUUUAGAUUUUUACCACAUGAUUUUUGUCCGGUAGAACUUGUCUAUCUUGACUUGUCUUACAGUUAUGUUGAAUUGCUCCAACCAUUUUCUAAGGUAACUACAAUUGAUUAUAACUAUGUUUUUGUUUCCUUUUGCAAUUUUAAAAAAUAAAUGUUUAUUAAUGCUCUGCAGACAUUCGAGAGUUUAAGACACAUGAAUUUUAGAAGUUGUAUAUCCUUACAAGGAAUACCAGACUUGUCAGGAGCUUCUAAUUUAAUAGAGUUGUGUCUUGAUCAUUGUCCAAACUUAAUUAAAAUUCAUGAUUCAGUUGGUUAUCUGAAUAAACUUAAAGAGUUGAGUGCCAUGUGAUGCCAAAACUUGAAGAUUUUGCCACAUGGCCUUAGCAUGGCAUCUCUUGAAAAUCUCAACAUGUUUGGAUGUUCAAGUCUACAAUAUUUCCCGAAAAUACUGGUGAAGAUGACAAAGAUGAGAAUACUUGAAUUGGAUAGGACAGCCAUUAUAGAGUUUCCAUCUUCAAUUUGCAAUCUCAUUGGGCUUGAAAUGUUAAACAUGGAAGAGUGUCAUCAUCUUAGGCAACUACCAGCAAGCAUUUUCAUGUUGCCAAAUCUUUCAACACUUUGCACAAAUUUUUGUGAAGGGAUGAGAUAUUUACAGAUAUGUGAAGAUGGAGAAGAAGCAAGCAUAGGCCCCAAGAUAUUGUCUUUAAAAAUGGAAUAUUUUUAUUUUUCAAAUUGCAAUUUGUCGGAUGACUCUCUUGCUCUAUGCCUUUCUUACUUCCCAAAUUUGAUACAAUUAGACUUAAAUUAUGGUAAAUUCACAACUCUUCCUGCAUGCAUGGAAGAAUGUUACCAUAUGAAAUAUCUUGUCCUUGAUAAUUGCAAGCAGCUUCAACAUAUCUUGGGGAUGCCGCCAAACCUAGACAAAUUCAGCGCCUUAUUUUGCACAAGGUUGACUGAGUCGUCAAAAAGCAUAGUAUUCAAACAGGUAGUCAGUGACCUACAAGGCAAUAGAAACUGUGCUUUUCCAGAAAAGAAGUUCCCAGCAUUUCUAGACACAGUUGGCCAUAAUCCUUCUCUGUCCUUUUGGAUUCAUGAAGAGUUCCAUGAUGUAAUUGUUAUAUGGAUUCUUGUUAAAGAUGUGAACUGUAACAUUGACGUCUCCGUGUUCAUAGAUGGCAUAUCCAAAGAUAUUUCUCGAUCUUCUUAUCAACGGUUCUCAUUAUCAACAAACAUUAGAGGCUGAUCAUAUAUACGGAUAUGAUCUAUACAGCUUUAUUGGAAAGACUGAACUCUCCCAAUCAUUUAAGCAGAAUGACUGGAAUCAUAUGGAGAUUUUCAUCAAGAACAAUACUUCCAAAGUGGAAAUUGACGGAAAAAUUUGUUUAGGAGCUAAUGUAUGCAAACAAGAAAAAAAGUUUGAUAAUAUCAGAUUCCUGACACCAGGAUCAAGACAUGAUGUAUUUCUAAGUUUUCAAGGCUACGCUUCUCGCUCUUUCACGGACAAGUUAUAUAAUGCUCUGUAUGAGAGCAAGAUUAAUGCUUUCAAAGAUGUUGAGAGUUUCGGAUGGGGAGAAGAUAUUUGCCCGACUGUGGUCAGAGCAAUUGAGGAGUCAAGGAUUUCAAUUAUUGUAUUCUCUUCAUACUAUGCUGAGUCCAAAGCGUUUCUUGACACAGUUGCUAUGAUUAUGGAUUGUAUGAAAACAAAGGGCAAAUUGGCUUUCCCAAUUUUCUACAAUGUAGACUCUUCAGAAGUAAGACAUAAAUCACGUCAUUUGAGCUUAGGAAGGGCCGGCAGGAAUGGAAACACAUUAAAGAAUGUCAUGGAAAAGUUGCAGGGGUGGAAGUUGGCUUUGUUUGAAGCAGCUCGCAUGCCUAGUUGGAGCUUAGAAGAAGGGUACAAGGAAGAAUAUGUUAUCCCACGGAUUAUUGAAGUUGUUUCUCGUCACCUUCUUUCAGAACACUUAACAAAAUCAAUAAAGUCAAUUGGGAACACUAUGGGUCAUCAAGGACCGAGACUUGAUGUGUUGAUCCUGAGUUGUCAAGAAGCCUUCAGUGAUUCCAACAUUUUCGUGGACAAUCUAUAUAAUGCUUUGUAUGAGAGCAACAUUAAUGCUUUCAAAGAUGAUGGGAGCUCUGGAUGGAGGAAAGAUUUGGGCCCAAUUGCUCAAGAUAUUGAAGAGUCUAGGAUUUCAAUUAUUGUAUUUUCUGAAUCCUAUGCAUAUUCUGUAUGUUGUCUUGACGCACUUGCUAUGAUCAUUGAUUGUAUAAAAACAAAGGGCAAAUUGGUUUUCCCAAUCUUCUACAAUGUAGACGCUUCAACAGUAAGACAACAAACAGAAAGUUUCGAAUCAGCAAUGCAUGAGCACGAAAACAGAUUAAAGGAUAACACGGAAAAGGUGGAGAAGUGGAAGUUGGCUUUGUAUGGAGCAGCUCACAUGCUUGGUUGGAGCUUGGAAAAAGGGGAAGAAAUUGAUGUUAUCCCACGCAUUGUUGAAGAAGUUGCUUGUCAUCUUCGUUUUGAACACCUAACAAAAUCUGAAGAGUCAACUGAUGACAUCAUUAUGCGUUAUCCAGAACAACAACAAGAUAUGGAAGAACUUGAAGAUGACCCUUGUCGGGAUUCAAGUUCAAUGAAAUCUAUAGAGUUGACAGAGAGCAUCGUGAGUCAACAAGGGGAGCAACCACAUCAUGGUAAGGGUAUUUCUAAAUAUGGUCAAUUGCAAGGCAAGAACAAAGGCAAGUUCCAUAAGAACGGUUUCAAGAAAGGUAUAACUUCUUGGUUUGGUAUUAAAUCAUGGAUGGAGAAGAAAAAGAAUACAGAUGUUCUCUAUGAAACGCAAGCCAAGCCAAAUCAACAUGAUGAAAGAAGAGUGCAAGCGGGGAAAUAAUCAUAGUUUGGAUCUAAUCACUUUGUUGUUUGAACAGUCGUUUUAAAUCAUUAGAAUGUGCAAUUUUUGUUGAAACAAAUUAGAUUUCCAUUCAAAUAUUUGUAAUUUACAAUGUUCAAAGUACAGGAACCGAAAGGUCUCUGACCGAAGAGAAACUUUCAACGCUAUGUAUAAAAUGCUUGACCAGAGAAAGUGGUGAGCUUUUGGAAAUUACAUAUUCGUACCAAUAUUUGUGGUCA